GGCGCUCCUCCACGACAUCCCGCGCUGACGUCACACGGCGGCGCGGGCGGUGCUGUCAAGCAUGGCGGCGGCGGCGGCGGGUUGGGAGGGUGGCGUGACUCGGGCCCAUCCGCCGCCAUCCGCCGCCAUCCGCCGCCAUCCGCCGCCGGAGCCGCCCCGACGGACCGGGACAGGAGCGGGGACUCCCCGGGACAGCGCGGGACGGGGCGAUGGUCCCUCAGCGGCCCCCGCCGUGAGGUGCCGUGGUGCAUGCCGGGAUGGGUAGUUCCGCACAGGCCGCGUGUGGCCGCCCCGUGGAAACCGGGGCUCACCGGGGUUACAGGUUCUCACGCCGACAACGGGUUUAAGAAACUGCGGUGGGUGUAAGAAGCUGCUGGAAAUGAGGAGUUACAGGUUCUCACCCGGGCUAUGGGUUUAGGAAACUGCGGUGGGUGUAAGAAGCUGCUGGAAAUGAGGAGGUGAAGAUCUGGUAGAUCGUCCGUUUUUGGAAGAACUGGAUGGCAGCUCCCAAAGAAGCUCGCCACGCUCCUUGCUUGCGUGCUGGACGCCGGCACUGGGUCCCCAGUCCAACACUCCUCACUUGGCUUGUCCUUCCGAGAGCUCCCAGUUACACCAGCCUUUUAACUGGGGAUACUGGGAUGACAACGGGUGAUGCCACCAUCUCAAUAAAUACCUGAUUUCCCACUGGGUUUUUGGUACAGUGACAAAUCUGGGGACACCAUGGUGCUCCUGCAGAGUGCAGCAGCCCCAUGGCACCUACCCCACACGUCCCACCACGCCGGUGCUGGUCAAUGUCAACCCUUGGGGUGGACGGCCACAAAUUGGGCUGUCUCCAGCCCCGGAGGAGGUGACGAUGACAAUGACAGAGCGGGUGUUCCCUGUCCCCCUGCGCCUGCGCGGUGGGCUCGGUGGGUCGUUGGCGGCGCAGGAAACCGCCAGCGCAGCCCAGGGGGGAAGUGGGUGCCAGCGGGCGCGGCAUGGCGGAGCUGGAGGGUCCCGAAUUCGGCAAAGCCGACUUUGUCCUGCUGGACGAGGUGACCAUGGAGCAGUUCCUGGAGAACCUGCGCCUGCGGUUCUCGCAGGGUCGCAUCUACACGUACAUCGGGGAGGUGGUGGUGGCGGUGAACCCGUACCGGGCGCUGGCGCUGUAUGGCGCACCGAUGGUGGAGCGCUACCGCGGCCGCGAGCUCUACGAGCGCCCGCCGCACCUCUUCGCUCUGGCCGACGCCGCCUACAAGGCCAUGAAGCGCCGCGCCAAGGACACCUGCAUCGUCAUCUCGGGCGAGAGUGGGGCGGGCAAGACAGAGGCCAGCAAGUACAUCAUGCAGUACAUCGCCGCCAUCACCAACCCCAGCCAGCGCGCCGAGGUGGAGAGGGUGAAGAACGUGCUGCUCAAGUCCAACUGCGUCCUGGAGGCCUUCGGCAACGCCAAAACCAACCGCAACGACAACUCCAGCCGCUUCGGCAAGUACAUGGACAUCAACUUUGACUUCAAGGGCGACCCCACCGGCGGGCACAUCCACAACUACCUCCUGGAGAAGUCCCGGAUCCUCCAGCAGCAACCGGGAGAGAGGAACUUCCAUGCCUUCUACCAGCUGCUGCUGGGUGCCCCCCAGGCGCUGCUGAGCUCGCUGCACCUCUGCCGGGACCCCCGCACCUACCGCUACACCCGGGAGGGAGCCCCUGCCUGCGAGGAGGACGCGGGCGGGUACCGCGCGGUGGAGGAGGCACUGGGCAUCAUCGGCUUCUCCCCUGAGGAGGUGGGGACCCUGUGGCGGGUCCUGGCGGCCAUUCUGCUCCUGGGCAACAUCCAGUUCACGGUGGAGGGUGAGGUGACCACGGCAGAGGACACGGCCGUGGUGGAGGACAUGGCGGCGGUGACGGCGCUGGCGGAGCUGACGGCCACAGCCCCCGGGUGCCUGCACCAGGCGCUGCUCACCCGCACCGUGGCGGCCGGCGGUGGCGAGCUGAUCGAGAAGGGCCACAGCCCCCGGGAAGCCGCCUAUGCCCGGGAUGCCUGCGCCAAGGCCAUCUACGAGCGGCUCUUCUGCUGGAUUGUGGGACGCAUCAACGCCAGCAUUGCCGCCCGUGGCUAUGACGCUCGUCUGCAUGGCAAGAGCACCGUCAUCGGCGUCCUUGAUAUCUACGGCUUUGAGAUCUUCGACACCAACAGCUUCGAGCAGUUCUGCAUCAACUACUGCAACGAGAAGCUGCAGCAGCUCUUCAUCGAACUGGUGCUGCGGCAGGAGCAGGAGGAGUAUCAGCGGGAGGGCAUCACCUGGCAGAGCAUUGAAUACUUCAGCAACGAGCCCAUCGUGGCACUGGUGGAGCAGCCGCACCGCGGGGUGCUGGCGCUGCUGGACGAGGCGUGCCUGGCCGCGGGGACCGUCACCGACCCGCUUUUCCUGGCCUCCAUGGAUGCCCGCCUGGGCCACCACCCCCACUACACCAGCCGCAAGCUCUGCCCCACGGACAAGACCAUGGAGUUCGACCGGGAUUUCCGCAUCAAGCACUACGCUGGAGAUGUCACGUACUCAGUGGAGGGUUUCCUGGACAAGAACAAGGACACACUCUUCCAGGACUUCAAACGGCUCUUCUACAACAGCACGGACCCGGUGCUACGUGCCAUGUGGCCCGAUGGCGAGCAGAGCAUCACCGAGGUCACCAAGCGCCCGCUGACUGCCGGGACACUCUUCAAGAACUCCAUGGUGGCCCUGGUGGAGAACCUCGCCUCCAAGGAGCCCUACUACGUGCGCUGCAUCAAACCCAACGACCACAAGUCCCCAACGCUCUUCGACGCUGAGCGCUGUCGGCACCAGGUCUCCUACCUGGGGCUACUGGAGAACGUCCGUGUGCGCCGCGCCGGCUUUGCCUACCGCCAGCCCUACCACCGCUUCCUCCUGCGGUACAAGAUGACCUGCGAGUACACGUGGCCCAACCACCUGAUGGCCAGUGACCGAGAGGCCACGCAAGCCCUCCUGGAGCAGCACGGCUUCCAGGACGACGUGGCGUAUGGUCACACCAAGGUCUUCAUCCGCACACCCCGCACCCUCGUCUGCCUCGAGCAGGCGCGGGCGCAGCUCAUCCCCAUCAUCGUCCUGCUGCUGCAGAAGGCCUGGCGCGGCGCCCUGGCACGCCGGCGCUGCCGGCACCUGCGCGCUGCCUACGCCAUCAUGGCGUUCUACAAGCGGCAGAAGGUGAGGGCGUACCUGCGGGAGCUGCUGCGGCGCUUCCAGGCUGUCCGCACCCUCCCUGAUUUCGGCAAGAGCGUGGAGUGGCCGGAGCCGCCGGCGGUGCUGGCGCGGUUCCAGGAGGCCAGCCAGCGCCUCUUCCGCAGGUGGCGGGCGCGCCAGAUCGUGAAGAACAUCCCCCCAUCAGCCAUGGGGCAGCUCCGCGCCAAGGUGGCCGCCAUGGAGGCACUGGGGGGGCUGCGGCGGGACUGGGGCUGCCAGCGCAGCUGGGCACAGGACUACCUCUCCUCGCCCAGCGAGAACCCAGGGCAGGCACUGGUCUUUGCCCGCCGUGUCCAGAGCCUCAAGGACAAGGUGCAUUUCAGCUCCGUCCUCUUCUCCUGCCACGUCCGUAAGAUCAACCGCUUCGGGAAGAGCCGGGACCGGGCCAUCCUGGUGACGGACCAGCACCUCUACAAGCUGGACCCGCGGCAGCAGUAUCGGGUGAUGCGGGCGCUGCCCCUCAGCUCUGUGACAGGGCUGAGCGUGACGAGCUGCGGGGCGCAGCUGGUGGUGUUCCACACGCGCGGGCAGGAGGAGCUGGCCGUGUGCCUGCACCGCACGCAGCCGCCGGGGGACAACCGCGUGGGCGAGCUGGUGGGCGUCCUGUUGGAGCACUGCCGAGCGACCAAGCGGGAGCUGCAGGUCCGGGUGUCUGACCGCGUCCAGCUGAGCCUGGGCAGGCGCCGGCGGCUGCUGACGGUGGAGACGCGCCUGGAUGUGCCCACCCCUGAUUUUGGGAAAAGCCGCGACGGCUUCGUGCUUUACUGGCCUGGGAAAUGAGGGAGGGGACAGCUCCGUCACCCACCCCCAGCCGCGUCCUGCCCCCACCCUGCCCCGCUCACUGAGGACCCCGUGACCCUCAACCGUGCGUCCCCAUGGACUCCCCAGAACGAUGCCGAAGCUUCUGUGUGUGUUGGGAAUAAAGAGCUGGAUGGGACCCUCGCAGCUCGUGACCCUCGUGUCCCCCAGCUGCCCCAGGAUGGGCUGGGGUCCCUAAAAA